GGUGUAGUUACCGAGCUUAAACAAGCUAUAUUGUGAUUUUGUGGGACGAGGGGUCUGAUAUCUGGGUGGAUUAUGUAUGUGAACCGAACCGCGACUGCUGGACCGCCGUCCGCGCCGGAGCGCGCGCGCGUCCAUUUUUAAAAACCGUUCCGAAGCACUCAUUAGCCGGUGCACCGUAAACUACGGCCAAAAGAAACGCAACGUGUGUGCAAUACGGCAUUAGAAAGUGUAAUGUAUAGUGUGCGAUGCUGUCAGUACAGGCAAGCAAGCCAACGCUAGUGCAACAGAAGAAGGAGCAGUGGGCGAGGGAGAGAGAGGAAAUGUCUCAUCUUUACCUGCCAUGGGGUUCAGGCGAGCGCUACACCAACCGUGUUCAAGCGCGAAACCAAUUUGCAAGCACUUUGGAACUGCAUAAACCUUACGAAUACGAAGAGCUCAGCCACCAGAGGAGUCCCAGCCUGCCGCCGAUCCAUCACAUCGACGACAAAUCUAAGGAUGACAAUAAGAAGACUAAGGAAGUGUUGAAUAGGAACAUCCCGAGCGCGAAAAGAUUCGCGUUCUAUGAUGAGGACGGAGAAGGGGACACCUCGGGCUACGGCAGCGAGACCGUCAACCACAGGGGGCAGGGCAGGGGGCACGACGGUGCCCGCAACCCUGUCAUGGCGUGGCAACACGACACCAAGGAGGACAGGAACCGACCUAACAGUGGUGGCAGGUCGGAGGGCCCGUGGUCGGGGCGCAGCCCGCGCUCCACGGCCGAGGAAGGCCGCCCGCGCUGGGGCGACCGCGGCGUCGCCACCGGCCGCCUUUGGGAGCCCACGGCGCCCCAUGAGCGACUACCCCAGAUGCAGAAUCAAAAGAAAGGAACCCCUUCGUGGGUAGAGCGGGGCCUGAACAUGUUUGAAAACACCGCGGAGGUACUGGUCAUCGACCAGAGGAGCUCCACCAACUCCGGCUUCGACUGCGACAGGUCGUCCUGUAAUGGGAGUGACGAAGGGAAAACAUUUUUACGAGGUCAAAACGUUCCGUUAGAACCAGAAAUAAAAGCUCAGCGCGAGAACAAACGAAUUAAAGCUCUAGAGCUGCAGUCAGCUAUACUAAGUCAGUUGGAAGAUCGAGAAAAACGACGCCAAGAGGAGAGGGAAAUGAAGUUAAGAGAAGAAAGACUAGAAGAGCUUCGUUUACAAAGGCAACAAGAGCAAGACAGGCUGAGGGUUGAGGAAGAAAGACGGAGGCACGAAGAAAAACAACUUCAAGAGCAAAGAAAAUUAGAGGCACUCAAAAAAGCUCUUGAAGACGCGGAAAGGGCGGCUAAGCUAGAAAAAGAAAAGAGGUUUAGUUCUCAGAAACAAAUAAUGAACCAAAGCAUUUAUUUAGAACCCAGAUCAAGACGUGAUACUCUAGAAACCAAACCGAAGAUAGCAGACAGUGUAGUAGAAACCAUACAAAUUAGCGAAACAAUAAGUCCUACAAAAACGGAUAGAACGUAUGAUGUGCACUCAGCUAAAAGCCAAAAACCUGAUUGUAAUUCACAUCAAACCACAGAAUUCAACUCGCCGCGGUCAGCUGGCCCUGGAAAUUUGAAUCUAUACAUUCAUAGUGUUCCACCAUUAGCGCUGACAGAUAACAGAUUCAAUAUUGUACCUAUUGGUAUAAAUGGAAAUGGUGAAAUCGUUAGUGGACAAUCGAACGCCGUUCAACUUGCAGUUCUGGUUCCACAAAACCUUAACAACAGCUACUUUAAUGUUUCAAUGAAUACAGUUAGUAAUAGUGAAUCAUUAGAAUCAGGCAAAGUAUUAACACCAAAGAAAUAUCGUGAGCCUCGAACUAAGGAUGUGGCUACGCAGACAGAUUUAAAAAUGCACAAAUCUACAACAGACAGAAAAACGGACACUGAAGAAGUGGAAAGAAACGUAGACAAAGAUUAUCCCAAUAUUGAUGAAAACGCGCCACAAGAAAGGUCUCAUAAUUCAAUGAAAAAAGAUCGCAGAUCAGACGAGAGAUAUAAGAAAGAUUUAGAAAAUCGACCCAAAUGGGGAGUUAAUCGACCAGCGGCGCAAUACAAGAAACAAAGUGAGAAAGAUCCAUUUUAUAGUCAAAAAAGAAAAAUGCGCCAAAAGUAUCGGAGUCAAGCGCGACAGUAUUUAUCACACUCCAGCGAUGACAGCCGCUCGCCGAGCCCGCCGCGCGACAAGAGCACCGAGCGCAACACCAAGCCUCGGAACUCCCUUAGCCAGUCUUAUUGGAGAAGCAAAAGGUCCAGUCUGGAUCUUUCGAAGACAAACAAUGCUUCUGAACCAGACAGCAAGAUACUGAGCGAAUAUAUCGGACACACCAACGAUGCAAACGACAAAAAAUCACCGAAAAUAUCUCCAACAAAAAGGAUAACACUCUCACAAAAGUUUAUAAACGACAAAUACGGCAACAGAAAAAUGUGGUCCGAUGAUCAAUCUGAUAACAAAACUUCUAAAUGCAACUCGCUCGAUGUUGAAAACAGAAAAAAAAUUAUCGAUCAACUCAACACUGCCAAAAGAGACUACUUAGAAAGAAAUGACGAUCUGGAAAUAAUUUCCAUGAGAACAAAAUAUUAA